GUUAAACAUAACAAAGUUGUAAGUGGUUUGUCACACAGUUUUUAAAUUAUGACCGGAAUAGACUGAAUGAAUGUAAAUAUGGCAAAGUAAAUGACGUAUAUCGACCACACAUAAUAAGUCUCAUAAGUGAAAAACCAUAUGGACUGCCGCGCUGUCGCUGUGUGCAGUCUACACACAUACGUAUGUACAUAUCUUCAACAUCGUGACCAAUCAUUGUCGAGAUAUGCUUACAUAUGUAUGUGUGCAUGUUCAUAUACUAUCAUUAUCAGCCAAUAAGAAAUUAGCAACUCUUUUGGGCAAAUAACUUCGGCGUGAACUUUUUAUUUCCUCCAAGUUGUAUUUAGUCUCACUUUGAUCAUUGUAGAAAUAAGAUUUAAUAAUGAGUACCAAUCACUCACUAACGACGAGAACUUUUAUUCAUAAUAAUGUUCCAUCAAGAGAUUCAGACGUGCGCUAUAAUUACAGCGAUCACUUCCUUGAUAGGACUACACUAUCUAAUAGCCUCGUAAAUCAUAUGUGUGCACAAGAGUGGGCUAACAGCCAAAAUCAUAUUGAAUUCGCCAAUCAGCGAAUAACGACGGAAUGGAACAAUAGUGAUGUCCAAGGGUAUUCAGCAAUACCAAGUGUUUCAAACAUUAUGUUGAAUUGUUCCGAAUUGAAUUUCCAAAAUCAUCAUUCUACAAGAUCAGAGUUCGAAAUUAAUGUAGAACGGGAGAAAAAUAAAAAAUCAUUUUAUACUAAACCGCAUGAAGUUGCAGAUAGUUUUAAUAUAUCUCGAAAAGAGAGAACGGCAUUUACUAAAGACCAAAUCAGGGAGUUGGAAGCUGAAUUCGUACAUUCAAACUAUUUAACACGGCUUAGAAGAUAUGAAAUAGCGGUUGCUUUAGAUUUAACAGAACGACAGGUCAAAGUGUGGUUUCAGAACAGGCGUAUGAAAUGGAAGCGUCUUAAGCUGGAGUCGCAAAAUUCCGAUGAUUUUCCAAAAAUAAAUAACCAACUGACUAUAUAA